UGCUGUUGAGUAGCUAGCACACAGACGUUGUUCUUUUCGAAAAUCGACGAGCACGCGAGCGAAGCGAGCGCGGAGCGCGAGAACGAGAGCAGGGCGCAAGAUCGCCAGCUGUUUUCACUUUUGCUUGUUGAAAUGAGUUACCGGUAGGUCAAAAAACACCCUAAACUAAGGAAAGUUUUGAAAAUUUUUGAAAGUCACAGUUAAACCCAAGGUCAUGGAAAAUUUGGAAAGGUCAUGGAAAAAGUCAUGAAAAGCCAUGGAAUUUAAAGAGCGCAAAAGAGUACGAACCCUGAAAAUGUAGUUAAAAUGCCAUCAAAAUGAUUGACAUAGAUAUACAUCGUCACGGGUCAAGUGGUAAUUGCUCUUAAUAUCUAAUUCUUUUAUUUAAGCUUGGUUGUGAGUGGAGAUCAAACGGAGAUCCUCAGAGCAGGAUAUUGGCCGUCAUACAAUGUUCCAUUCUACGAACAGGUAGUUCAUUACUGUUCUCAUUCUUCAGCGUUCGAUGUGAAGAUUAGCAGUAGCUUAUCCGGCGCAAUAACAUUGCGUUCCUGUGAAACGUGAAAUGCGUGUGCGUGAGAUUGCAUAGCCUGCGCCACGGACGAAACUUUGGUUAAGACCGUCUGCGAAACAGCGCCGAAAUCUUUGUUCUGGGCCCCCACCUGUGUACCAGGAUUUGAAUACGCAUCAUGAUUGGCCCGUUAAAAAAGCCGUUGUCGAUUGGCCAAUCAGAUUGAAAGGAAAUUCGAAACGGGCUUCCGGUACUUUGUUGGGUCCGUAGUGGGCCCAGAACAAGGAGGGUCCCCAAUAGGGUUCUUCAAUCCCGCUAUCCCGAUCCGAAAUUCCUCGCAAUCCUGUAAUCCCGAGGGUUAUUUUUGGUAUCCCACCUCCCGCGCGUACCUUCAAUGCUGAAUCUCUCCCCGAUUUUGCUUUCAAAUCCCGAAUAAGAGAAAUCCUGGAUCCCGGAAAACCUAUUGGGGACCCUCAACAAGGGUCUCGGCGCUGCCUCGCGGACGUUACUAGCCGGGGUUAGCGGAUUACUUCUGUGACGUAGGCUAGAGGCUGCACUUCACAUUAUACCUCCGGAAAAAGCCCAAUUAUAACGCACUAAAAAAUAGAAAGACACCAUUAAGAGCAAAAAUAAUAAGCUACCAAGAAAAUGCUAACAUUCACGGAGCCCUAGUUUGGAGAAAUCGCUGUUAAAAUAACCCACAUAGAACUAAAUCUGAAGGUCCAAAAUCAUUAAUCGCGGCCUAAGUUAAACUUCGUAAAUAAACGACCCUAAGAGUUUCUGUUUUUCUCUGCAUGUGCUUAUAUCUGCUUCGAGACUUCCUACAAUUGAGUGAAGCAACAUAUUUUGUUUGAUUGUCCAUUGUUGUUUUUUGGUCAGAUAUACAAUCUCAGUGGUUUUCCAGAGUUUGUAAAAAAGCAUGGAUUGAUGUAUUCAUAUCAGUUGGCUCCGAGAGCCGAGAUAUUUCGCCGAGAUCAAGGAAAGGUAAUGCCAAAGUAUUACUAGUGACAAUAUGCAUGAAGCUCCGUAUACAGUAAACCCCCGACUGUACAGAUGAAAAUUCAAAUGUUACUCAAGUAACCCCCCUUAGCAACCUGGCGAAUGUCAGAAACAAAAAUCGCGCUAAAUUAAGUUUAGAAAAGGUCUAGUUGCUCGGUCGGUUCUACAUGUAAGGUUGUUAAGUCAGAGGAAGGUGACUGCUGAAAUUUACUAAUGGUAAUUGAAACAUACACUAGGAUGACGUGAAAUUGUUUUUUCGUUUUGUUUGCUUGUUUUUGCAGGUUGUGGAUAUAGAAUCAAUGAAACAUAUUCUGCGUUAUAACGGUAUGACUCGCACACGUAUCCACACACGUAUCCACACACGUAUCCACACGUAUCCGGAUAUUUUUGAAUCCGCAACUAUUUCUUUCCGGAUUCAAAAAUUUCACGUCCAUACGUAUCCGUGUUCAAAUCAAAUUUGCACGUCCACACGUAUACGACACAUAUCCGGAUUCACUCUUGUACCCAGGACUCUUUUGGGAAUAUUGGCAUCAGAGCAUGCCCUUGAGAGAACCUGGGAACGAGGUUGCCAUCGUGAAUACAUUCAUUCACGCAAAGAAUUGGGCUCGAUCUUGUUACGUCACCGGGUAAAAAAAAAUAGGUACCUUAAGAUCAGACGACGGCGACGGCAACGAGAACUUCAUAAAAGCCAUAGGUUUAAUAAGCAAACAACAACUUUGCACGUGCAACACACUUUUUUGUACAUUUCUUUGCCAUUUUUGCACGAGUACGACGUUAAAAUGCCUAAUUUCAUGUUUUAUAAAGGACGUAAACAAUCAACGACGAAAUUUUCUAUCUCUUUCUUAACUUGGAUAAGGCUCUUAGGAAUUCAGCUCCAGGAGAGUACUUUCGACAAGGUAAGCAUGAUGGAAUAAUCGCGAUGGCCAUCGCGAUGACGAUUGAAAAACCGCGAAUUCACUUUUUAUCCGGAUUUAGCGUCCACACGAUUCCGAAUUCAUAGCGUAUUCAAAAAUUUCCACUCUAGAGAGCGGAUUCAAAAAGUUGCGGAUUCGUAUGCCGAUUUUACGGGAUACGUGUGGACGGAAGCCGUUUCCGAAAAGAAAAAGCUGCGGAUUCAAAAAUAUCUGGAUACAUGUGGACGGGGCCUCAGUUUGUCACAUUUUUGUUUAUCUUUCUACACCCGCGAGCACAGCCUCCUUUUGUGCACUUUGGUGAUGAGGAGAAAGGGAGGAUCUGCCUGAAUCUCGCUAAGCCUUUGAAGUCCUCGACUCCUGAACUUUUGGACUAGUCGUUAGGAUAGCCUGUUCACAGACCCUCUGUUUUCAUAUCUUCAGUGUAUGGGGACUCCCCCGUAGUUUUAUCCAAUUAGAAAACACGAUUCACACAACUUGCGGCAACCUGAUUUGUUGCCAACAAAAUGCACGUUAUUUGAGUGUCAAGGUAUUUAGCGUGAAAGUACUACUAAAUUGGGGACACUUUUUUUACGUCUUCAACUGGAGACGGGACCGCCAUUUUACGUGGUCAUCCGAGCCACGCGAAGGUCUAGCCGCAUGCAGUGCAAAGGGAGUACUUUGAUUUUUCAGUUAUUUUAAGACUCUGAGUAUUGGUCCGACCCCGGUAAUCGAACCCGCGACCUUCCGUUCUGCAGUCGAGCGCUCUACCGACUGAGCUAAUCCUGUCGCGGUUAAAGACUGAGUUAAACGUGCGUAGUAAACCCUAACAUCACUUUUCAUCUCGUUUUGCAGCAAUGUUUCUAAAGAACUUGUACGUUUUUGUUGCCUGUUUUAUCGUAACUUAACUGGUAUCGUUUUACGUUGCAGAUUAUCCCAAUGACACCUACUCAGACAAUAACCCUUACAACUCCAUUUGUUCCAGAGGGGACCUCCUCAAAGCAUCCGACAGAAGCCCAAAUGGUUGUUAUGAUACUAAAGUAAGACCUUUACUUUAGAAUUGUAGUACAUGGGUUUUACAAACAGCAUCUAUUCAUGGCACCCCAUUUCAACUCGUCAAUAAAUAUUAUAAUUAGGUGAAAUGCAUUAUUGAUGACGUGUCACUACCCAGAUCUAGGUGGGGCUUCUGAUUGGUCGUGCCGCGUGGGAAUUUCGCUUCAAGCAAUCAAAAGCGCUACCGAUAUCUGGGUACUGACACGUCAUCAGCGUAGAAUUUCUACGCUUAUCCCUCAGACGUAAUUUUGCGGGAAAAAAAAAACACUGGUGGUGUCGCCAAAUGUCGGCCGCUUUCUCAGGCUAUUCAGUGAGAAAAUUCGGCAGAGUCAGGACACAAAUUAAUCUAUAGGUCACUGAACGUUGGAGAAACAGUACUGCAUACUGCUGUAGUGUACAACUUACAUCACUAAGAUUAGACCUGUUUUAGAAUAUGCCUCGCCUGUCUGGGGAGGGCUGCCCAUUUACCUUGAAGAAGAUCUACAGAGAGUGCAGAAUAGAUGUCUAAAUGUCAUUGGUCUCCCUAGGGAUACUGUCGAGUCACUUGUAACUAGGCGUCAGAAUUUGACCAGGAAAGAAUUUAAACGUAUCCUAGAAUCAGAAGCACAUCCUUGCAAACGUUUUUUAGACAAGCCAGUGGAUCAUGGCCAUAAUCUAAGAUCUUGUAAGACUAACCCUGCGCACCUCAGAAUACCUGUAUCACGCACUGGUAGGCACAAACAAUCGUUUAUUCCUAGAGGUGCUAAACUUAACUUAAUUUGAUAUGUAUAUAUAAUAUCUAGUGUUUUGAAUUUUUAUUGUAAUAUUACCGUAAUUCUUAUCGCCAAAGGUAAUAAAUAAAGGUAUUAUUAUUAUUAUUAUUAUUAUUAUUAUUAUUAUUAUUAUUAUUAUUAUUAUUAGAGAGAAUGCACUGUGCAUCCCCACCGCUUACUUAUGUACUUAUGUGUCACUGCGCUGCUCUGUCCUUGUGGUUUUCUUGUCAUUUUGAUUCAUUUAUUUAAUUAUUCAUUAUUUUUUAGGUGACGGAUUUUUCAAUGGCAGAAUCAUUAAUGUCUGAAGCCAUAAGUGGCCCAACUUAUCAGGUACAUUAAGUUCAAAGGGUCCCUUUUGACAAACUCCUGAGAGAGGAGUGAUUUCAGUGCAGAGAUAGUAUUAAUUUGAUUAUCUCGGCUUUAAAAUCUAAAAAAAACAGACUUGAGAACACUGUUUUUACAUCUCCUUCUGGAGACCAGACGCCAUUUUAAGGGUCAUUCAAGCCACACGAAGGUCUAGCUGUUUGUAGGGUAAAAGGGUAAGGUCAGUACCAGUAUUGGUCCAGCCUCGGGAUCCCGCUCUGCAUUCAAAGCGCUCUACCGACUGAGCUAGUCCGGCCGCGGUUAACUAUUUGCUCUUCUACCGGGUGCGUCUCCUAUUGAAUUUCAGUUUUGCCUUCGACGCUAACUUCCCCGUCUGGGCUUGCUCUCGGCCGGAAGCUGGUAUCUUUCGUGUGCCUCAAUAUCUCACGUAAAUGGCCAUCCAGUGACUCGCUUUCCCUGUUGAUCGCACUCCUGAUAGACCUCAUUCCCUUGCAUGUUUUGUUGUUCCAAAAUCAUGUGACGAUACUCAGGAUAUUUAAUCCUUUCUCUUGAAGGGGAUAGAGUGAAUAGAAGUAGUAUAGGUGGGACCAAAUGAGCCUUUUGGCUGACAGGGAUCUCAUUAAGGAGCAGUGGCGAAUCCAGACCUUCAGAUGAGGGGGGCCCGGUCUCCCAAAAAUUUUUUUUCGGCCCUUCGGGCCUCCGUUUGGUCUUAAAAUAAGGGGGGAGGGGGCGGGCCCCUCCCCAGGAUCCGCCAGUAAGGAGAUCAGGAAUACAUUAAAGCCGAUGACUUAAUAGCCUUUUGCCUUUAUCUCAUUAAUAAAAUGCGAUGGAAUCUCAUUAAGAUAGGGUCGUGUGUGCCUUUUUUGUUUUUUGGAUGGUUGACUGUAAACUAAAAGUAGUUUUCAUUGGUUGAUUUAUGUUGUCGAAGAAAAGCGCUUUCCGCCUGUGACUUAAAAUUACUGUGUCGUGACGUAAUUAUGCAAGUUCUUUUUCUUGCUGCUUUUACUAUCCAUUGCACGUAACUUAUUGUCCUGGCCCAGGUUGUUCAAACGUUGGAUAUCGCUAUCCGCUGGAUGACGUGAUUGGUUUUCUCAAUGCAUAUCCGUUGAAUACUGAUUUAUCCGGUGGGUAGCGCUAUCCAACGUUUGAACAACCGGGGCCUGGUUCCGAUUCACUGAUUCACCACUAAGUUUUUAUUGUUUUGCCUCCUCUUCUUUCUCAUUUUAUGAGAUGAAGACAAAAAGCCGUGACGUCAACGGAACAAAUGUAUCCCCACUCAGGUUUCUCCGCAUUUAUUCGUGAGAUCAAGUGAAAAGGCUAGACAUCAUCGACAAUGCAUCCCCCCCACCCCAACCCCUUAGUGAGUUUCCUGCCUUUAAAACAGGAUUAUUCGCUUACUACUAAGCUACUAAUGCGAGCAUUAAAGAGAAAACUCCUUUGAUUAUCGUCUCAUGGUAUACGUUAGGGCAACAAAACAAACAAGCAAAUAAUGUCGAUUUUUCGUUUGUGCUAGUUAUAAAAUAAAAUAUAAGUGACUUGAAUUAAUCUGUAUCAACGGUAAUCGUUCUUUUCAGGGUUUACCAGUGUUUUGUUGGAGUAAUUACACCUUUAAAAACAAGCAUGUCGGUUUGGUAAGC